GUCGUUAAUCCGAUCUGCCUGAAAGGCGGGGCGGGUGCAGCAGCUACAGCGAAAGUGGAGGACUUUGUAGAUGGUUUGCUAAUACGUUACCAACCCGUCUAAGGACAUUUAAUUUGCACAUUAUUAAUAGACUAAACAUGUUUGUGACCGCACAAGAAUCAAAGUAUCAGUGAUGUGCUUAUAGUACCUCUAGAUCCUGCUACACGGAAUACAAUAUAAUCCCGAUAGAAACACGUCAAAAGUAACAACGUGGAUCCCCCAAGUAAGUUUCUCUGACUUUUACGCGUUUAUGGUUGACACGUUUUUUCUUCAAGUAUGGAACUUGCAUUAACAACAAACCUUUGACGACUCCUCGAUAAGGUAAUUCGCCCACGUGGAAUGCCACGAAGGCAACUAGCCGAGGUCGACAAGUUUUGAGGGAAUUCAGUUACCAUGAGAUUCAGACAUUACAUUGAGAAUUAACGAUGUGGACCAUAAAAAUUAGGAAAUAUUUUCGGGGUAGUGGGAGGGUACUGGCAUUUGUUUUCAUUGCUUCUGUCAUUUGGCUUCUCUUCGAUAUGGCAGCGCUUCGUCUUUCAAUAAAUGAUGUUAAUAGCCAACUAUUGAAAGAACUUAUCGUUAAGGAAAGAGAGGCUGUCAAACAACAGUCAACUAAACGAACUGUAAUACAUAGGGGUUUUAAACACCCAGUGCAGAGAGUUGAUUUAGACUUGGACAAUGAUGACCAAAGUCCCGUCAGAGUUGUGAACAAGGUUAAUGAAGUUUAUAGAAAGCGGCCCAGGAAAGAGCCCGCGUUGAAGGAAAGCAAAGACGCAGGAGAUACCAUGAAGUUAGAGAAGGGAAAAGCUGCCAUCAUGGACCGUCAAGUACAAGUUGUGCAGCAUCAUAUUACAUCAAAGUGGCAUGUCCAUUUGAACACCAAUGCACCUGCCAAAAAAGCAGUGGAUCUGGGUGUGAACAGGACUAAACCAGAGGAAAAGAGAGUCGUUAUAACUCAAAGCCCUAAAAAAGUAGCAUUGCCUGUGUCCUUAAACACUACCAGAUCGCCCCCUGGUGUUCAGGAAGAAAAGCAUGUUGCUCCACCAUCUACCUCACACAAGAAACUACAGGAACCGAAGAAAGAUGUUGUACCACAAGCCAAAGAUGUCAACACGGAUUCCAAAAAUAUCAAUGUAGAGUCCAAUAAUGAGAAGGCCUAUUCCCAGACAAAAAAUAGUUCCAAACAUGCUAUUCAGCCAGAAAAACAAGACUACCAGGUAAAAGACAAAGUUGUUGUGGAGCCCUCAGCUAAACCUGUCAAGCAAGAAGCCAAACCCAAAGAGGUGAUUAAUAUCAAAGAGGACAAACGGAUUGUUAAAAGUGAUGUAGGAACUGUGAAGGAGAGUUUGUCACUGACAGAAACACCAAACAUGCCGCAAAAAGCCUCUGAAGGGAAGGUGUCGGCGGUGCGGAGAGCGAGCGUCCACAGAGUGCAGGCUCUGGACCUGACCGCGGCCCCCAGGAACAGCGGCGCGGUCGGACAGUUCGGCCAUGCUGCCGUGGUGCCCAGUGACAAAGAGCAGGAGGUGAGGAGGAGGUGGAACGAGGGGCAUUUCAACGUUUUCCUGAGUGACCUGAUUCCUCUUGACCGGGCCAUUCCAGACACCAGGCCCCUGACGUGUUCAGAUAACAUGGUCCAUGAUGACCUGCCCACCACCAGUGUGAUCUUCUGCUUUGUGGACGAGGUGUGGUCCACCUUGCUCAGGUCUGUCCACAGUGUCCUGAACCGCUCCCCACCCCACCUGCUGCAGGAGGUCAUCCUGGUGGACGACUGCAGCACCAGAGACUAUCUGAAGGAGCAGCUAGAUGUGUACAUGUCCCAGUUUCCUAAAGUGCGCAUCAUCCGUCUGAAGGAGCGCCAGGGACUGAUCAGAGCCCGGCUGGAGGGUGCAGCAGUAGCCACAGGUGAGGUGCUCACCUUCCUGGACUCCCACAUCGAGUGCAAUGUGGGCUGGCUGGAGCCCCUGCUGGAGAGGGUUCACCUGGACCGCAGGAAGGUGGCCUGUCCUGUCAUCGAGGUCAUCAGUGACAAGGAUAUGAGUUACGUGCUGGUUGAUAACUUCCAGCGAGGCAUCUUCAAGUGGCCUCUUGUCUUUGGCUGGAGCACGCUAUCAGAGGAGUACAUUAAGAAGAACAACAUGACAGAUACUGAUCCUAUUAGAUGUCCUGUCAUGGCUGGAGGUCUCUUCUCCAUAAACAAGAAGUACUUCUACGAGCUGGGAACCUACGACCCGGGGCUGGACGUGUGGGGAGGAGAGAACAUGGAGAUCUCCUUCAAGAUCUGGAUGUGUGGAGGGGAGAUUGAGAUCAUCCCCUGCUCCAGGGUGGGUCACAUCUUCCGGGGAGAGAACCCCUACAAGUUCCCCAAGGACCGUCAGAAGACGGUGGAGAGGAACCUGGCCAGGGUGGCGGAGGUGUGGCUGGACGACCACAAGGAUCUGUUCUACGGCCAGGGCUACCUCCACCUGCUGGACAGGAGGACCGACAUCGGGAACCUGACGGAGCAGAUCCGUCUGAGGGAGAGGCUCCAGUGCAACAGCUUCCAGUGGUACCUGGAUAACGUCUGCCCGGAGUUGGACGCGCCGCUGGUCAAAGCUGAGGGCCUGGUUUUCAAUCGUGGAUUGAGGAAAUGCCUGUCUGUGCAGAAGGACUCCCUCCUCUCCUUUGAGACCUGUGAUCUCAGCAAGCAGAGUCAGCACUUUAACUACACCUGGGUGAAGCUCCUUCGCCAGCAGGAUGUGUGUGUGGCCCUGCAGGACACGGGCCCCGCCCUGCAGCCAUGUGACCGAUCCAGAUCCGACCUGCGCUGGCAACACAAGGCCUCCAACUCCGGCCUGGCGGAGCACCUCGUAGCAGAGAACCACCCCAAAGUCACGUGUCUGGAGGCGGGGCCAAAGGGAGACGUCCACAUGAGCAGGUGUGACGCCACUAACACACUGCAGAAGUGGCAGUUCACCCACUACUACACCUAAGAGGAGGAGCCUACUGGGGAGUAGGGAGGAGCCUAGUGGGGAGUAGGGAGGAGCCUAGUGGGGAGUAGGGAGGUGCCUACUGGGGAGUAGGG